ACCCAAGGCCUGUGGUCUGGUUUGAUCCUGGACUGAUGUUUCGGACGAGCUGACUUUUAAUGUUCGCGACGGAAAGCGGCGGAAAUCUCUGUCCUGCAUCUGAAACGGAACAUGUCUUUCUCAUGGCUGACUUGUUCACUUCUUCUGGGAACUUUAUGCGCAGGUUACAGUCUGGGCGAAGCGGAGACCCGGGAGUGUGUGUACUACAAUGAUAACUGGCGUACGGAGAGGACCAACCAGAGCGGCUUCGAGCGCUGCGAGGCCGAGAAGGACAAGCGACUGCACUGUUAUGCCUCCUGGCUCAACUCCUCAGGGACCAUCAAGCUGGUGAAGAAAGGAUGCUGGCUGGACGACUUCAACUGCUAUGACAGGCAAGAGUGCGUCUCCAUGGAUGAAAACCCUCAGGUCUUCUUCUGCUGCUGCGAGGGCAACUACUGCAACGAGCGAUUCACCCACCUCCCCGACUUGAUCGGCAGCGGCAACCGAGUGAAAAUCCUGCCUGAGCCCAGAGUGCCGUCCUUGCUCAACGUGCUGGUGUACUCGCUGCUGCCGCUCUGCGUGCUCUCCCUGGCCCUGGUCCUGGCCUUGUGGAUGUACCGUCACCGCAAGCCCCCGUACGGCCACGUGGACCUGAGCGAGGAUCCUGGACCAGCGCCUCCAUCCCCUCUGGUGGGCCUCAAGCCCCUGCAGCUGCUGGAGAUCAAAGCCAGGGGGCGCUUCGGCUGCGUUUGGAAAGCCCAGCUGAUGAGCGAAUACGUCGCCGUCAAGAUAUUUCCAGUUCAGGACAAGCAGUCGUGGCAGAACGAGCGCGACAUCUUCAUCACUCCUGGGAUGAGACACGAGAACAUCCUGCGCUAUAUAGCGGCGGAGAAGCAUGGCACCAACCUGGAGGCGGAGCUGUGGCUCAUCACGGAGUUCCACGAGAGGGGGUCGCUGACUGAUCACCUGAAGGGGAACACCGUGACUUGGAGCGAGCUGUGCCUCAUAGCGGAGACCAUGUCCCGCGGCUUGGCCUACCUCCAUGAGGACAUUCCAAGCUACAAGGGGGAGGGGCCUAAACCCACCAUCGCGCACAGAGAUUUCAAGAGCAAGAAUGUUAUGCUGCGAGACGACUUGACUUCAGUCAUCGGAGACUUCGGGCUGGCAGUGCGGUUCGAGCCAGGAAAACCACCCGGAGACACGCACGGGCAGGUGGGUACGAGGCGCUACAUGGCUCCGGAGGUUCUGGAAGGAGCCAUCAACUUCCAGCGAGACUCCUUUUUGAGGAUAGACAUGUACGCCAUGGGCCUGGUGCUGUGGGAGCUGGUGUCCCGCUGCUCCGAGAGCGACGUUACAGUCGGCGAGUACAUGCUGCCAUUCGAGGAUGAGAUCGGCCAGCAUCCGUCCCUGGAGGAUCUGCAGGAUGUGGUCGUGCACAAGAAGAUGCGACCAGUCAUUAAGGACUGCUGGCUGAAACAUCCUGGUUUGAGCCAAAUGUGCGAGACCAUCGAGGAAUGCUGGGACCACGACGCGGAGGCGCGCCUGUCGGCCGGCUGCGUGGAGGAGCGCAUCGGCCAGAUCGCCCGCACCGUCAGCAGCACUACCUCAGACAGCCCCGUCUCCAUCGUCACGUCGCUCACCAACGAGGACCUACCUCCCAAAGAGUCCAGCACCUGAGCUCCCGGCUUCAUCUUUUUCUUUUUUCCCUUCAAACCCAAACUCAGCGGAUCUCCGUGAAUAUUUAAAGAGACAUUUUGGAGAGAGAGUGAGAGGGAGAGAGAGAGAGAGAGGGAGAAGAAACGAGCAAUUUGAAUGCAGCUGCUAUCUCACCCUGAUACUGGUAUUUUUUUAUGUUUUCAGUGUUGAUCUUACUAACACAUCCAUCUGCUGUAGUUCUGAAGUAGUAAUAAGCUAUGCCAUCGGCACAUCCGCGAACACCAUGUGUCAAACUUAAAUGUCGUCAUUACCUCAUGUAUUUUUUGGUGUUAGUCGACUUCUUCAUUACCUCAUGAUUUCGUUUCCUCGUCUGGUCAUGAUCGUUCUGCGGCCAAAUGAACCUUUUUUUUUUUUUUUUUUUUUUUUAAUUUGUGCUCCAAACUUCGGAUAAUGUGCUGCACACCUUUUGGAGGAACCGUUCUGAGACUGUUAGACAAAAAUAUAUUCAUCUUCCUCAGGGGUCUCGAUUUCUAAACUCAAGUGUGCUCCCUUAUUUUAAACCUGUGAAUGCCUCAGAAAGAGAAGUAAUAAAAGAUUGGAGCACAGCGAGGGAGCGAAGGAACGAUGGAAGGACGGACGGACGGACGGAAGGAGGGAGGGGGGUAGGGAGGGAGCUAAAUGGGUGCUGAGCAGUCGUAGUAGACAUUUGGACUUGGUGAAGAUUCGGGACUUGAGUCCCGGGGAACUACCUCUCAGGUAUCCAGUAGGCUUCUUCGGAACAUUUUAGAGCUACCAGCUAGCUACCACGGACGUAUUCGGGGAUUUUAUUUCAAUUUUCUUUUUUUUUUAAAAGAGAUUUCAGAGUUACUCCCUCAGCCGCGCCGGAGGCUCGGACGAGCGCUGACUGGAGUUGCAAUGUUACACAUUCUUUCUGUGUGUGCGAGUGUGUGAGAACCGCUUGCUCGAUGUUCGUGUCAUCCUCCUGAGCGCCAUACUUGAUUAAGCAACGCGUCUGUCUGUCUGUCUAUUUUUUUAAGAACUCGUCGUGGACGUUUUGUCACAUUUAGACUCGGUCGGACACCAGUUUCCAGAUACCUCAGUCGCCGUACGUCAUGCAAGGAGAGCUCAAAUGGUUGCCUUUGUCUCAAAUGCAAUGCCAUAGUGUGUCGUCACAUGAAACCAUACAUUGAAUGUCCGUUAUGCUGCUGUGACUAUUCCAGGAUACUCAAGGAUUUGUAGAUGUACAAGCUAACAUGUUAUACGAUCCCUGUGAUGCGAGGCUAUAAUGUUCUUGUUGUGUGUUUUUGUUCGACUGGGUAAGCCCCCUCAGCUGCUUACUCCUCCAGACUGACCUCAGAUAUUCUGACAAGUACCUCAGGCUUUUUUCUACAUGUAUAUCCACUUGUGUUUUUAUUGUAUUUUAUUGUGUUUAAGUAGAUAUUUUAUUGUCCGUCGGGCCUCUGUCGUCUGUGGAGAUUUCUUUUACUUUUAAUUUUUCCCUUUUCAAAACGAGGCCUGACCCGUCGUCAGAUGUUCGCCAGGCAGAAGUAUAACCACAGCGUCGGUCCAUGCUCCCGUUUUUAAUGAAUUAAAGUCAGAUUUUAUCUCACAGACUGAAGUUCAGUCGGCAGUGGGAGUGUUAAAUUAGCUAUUUGAGCCAUUGAACUACGCAGUUUGCAACACAAUAGGGUGAAAACUGCUGAUUUAAAGUCCCAAAAAUAUCAACGAAUGACUCUUGCUUACGCACUUGUUGAUCCCAAAUUGGAGAAUGUUUAAAUAGACAUGGUGAGGAUCCGUUUAUAGAUGGUGUGAACUUGUUGACAGAAGAAAUCAGUUUGACAGCAUUAUAACUAUUAAAAACACUUUGAUUUCUGCCCGUCAGUAUUGUUUACGCAAAGCUGUUAACCAAUGUUUCUAUCCAAACACAUCACUCUAUCGUCAGUAAAACUCCUGCACAUUACGUGAGUGUCUGAGGUUCACUGCCAAAACCUUGCUCUUUUAACGCAGAAGUGAGUCGUCGAGACAGUGUUUGCCUAAAUUGAGUGACAAAUGAUUGGAGUCCAAUUUAAAAACCACUAAAAACUUGUGGACAAGCACGGUCAGUCAAGCGAGGACAUUUUAUCGAGAAGUUCGAGUUAAUUUUGCUCCUCGUCUGGCACAUUUAACUGAAAACCAUGCGUAGCUUGGAUCAUAAAACGCUUGAGAGUAGCUCUGAUGUUCCGCUCACACAUUUAUGCUUUGGAUAUCGGCAGUUUGCAUGCAGCUGCACAUCUGUUUUGUGGUUUCAGCCCUGAGUAAAUGAUGAAUACACUGUUUCUUUGCUAAAAAUAAGUAGCUUAAACCUUUGCUAAUGCACGUCUAUACAGGAGAACUUUGAUAUUGGCCCGUAUUCUUCGAAAUUCUGUUGAACUUCUAUUAGUUGUAAUUUACACAGAAAUUCUGCUUAAUAGUCUCUGAAAUCUCAAGACAUCACAUAGAAAUAUGACAUUGAUUUGUUAGUUGGCACUUGAUGUCAUUUUAAAUUUGUCAUUUCAUCGCCACAGCAAGUCCUCAAACCGAUCAUUUUCCCUGGUAUCUCCAGCCGUCUCCUCUCCAUGAACCAUCCUGUCCUUUCUAGUCACUCCCAACUUCAGUGUCUUCAUCCCUAAAAAGGCAGAAAAAACCUCUUUAAUUCACAAAAAAUGGGAGCAAAAACCGAAGCAUCACAUGUGUGUUUUUGUCGGAGUAUAUUUUAGUAAAAAAAGAAUAAAAAAAUUGCGAGGCAGAUGUAAAUAGACGUGGACACAGUUGCCGAACACUAAUCUGCUUAUGUUUCUUCGAACAGGAAGUCAGGGCUCGACUGUUCUCAGAAAGGGAUUCCACCUUUAUUUAAAUAAACGCGACACCUUGCCCUGCAGUUAUAUACAUACAUAUAUAUAUAUAUAAAUAUAUAUAUUCAAAGAUGGAAGUUGUGUUACUGAUUUUCUACGAGUGAUGGUAUCGGUUCCUCUGGGUCAGAAGUUGUGUAGCUUAAAAAAAGAGACGUGUUUGUGUCAUCAUAAAAAAAGAUUCUUGCUGGGGUUGGAACAGUAAUACCUCAAUAUUUACCUGCUGAUGUGAUGUUCCGAGCUGUUACAGUGAUAGUUGUAGACGACACACGGGCUCAUCUGUCGUGCUAGUGCUGUGGAAAAGAGGUUUUUUUUUUUGUUUUUUUAUUCAAACAGUGGUCUGUAAAAGUUUUGGUAAAGGUCAAAAGAAACAAACAAAAGGUUUUCAGUGUCAGGAAUGUGAUAAUAACGCAGCGCCAUCUUCAGGAGUGUGUGUUGUCAGGGUCCAGCAAUAUUUAUGAAACAGCAAUAGUCAUGUCAUUCACGCCGGUUCUGAUGAGCAGACACAGAGAGAGAAACACGCAGUGCAGGGUGGGAUUGUUGACCUGAGAGCGACCCCGGGUGCUUCUUCACAUAUUGUGCCAGAAAUCACAACGGAAGACGAACCUUGCUGUGAUUUGCUCGUUACCUCCAGAUGCUGUCUGACACCCAGCACUUCUGAACAGAGUCAGUUACCUCAUGCAGUACCUCGCUAGGAACACUAAGUCGGUCCCAUCUUCAGAGGAGAAAAACAGACAAAAACAGUGUGUAUAUAUUUACAAAUGUCAAAGGGUUUCUUCCUUUUUCAUGCGUGAAUCCUGUGAAAGCAAAAAUUCUUUUUGAUUUACAGUCGACAUAUUGUUCAUUUUUAAGUGCGGAUGUGUGUUCGUGUGGACUUUCCCUGUUUAUGUGAAUCGUGUGUACGGGAGUGAGUGUGUGGUGUGUGAGGGCGUGUGUUUCACUAAAAAUGGAAUGACUGGUGACUUUAUCUGUGAGUUGAAAUGCUUAGAAAUAUAAACUAGAUGAGAAUACAGUCAUCUUUUUGUAUAUGAAAAUAAAGACAAACACUGAUUAACCAUGUG